UUUUUUUUUUUUUUUUUUUUUUUGCCUGCACGGUUUGUGUCGUUUUGCAAAGUGAUAUCCCUGUACAAUAUAUACUCUGCUCUGUUUUGGGCUUCUCGCUAGUUCGUCCCUUUUUUUUUUCUCCGCUCUGGGGCUGGAGUUUUUUUCGUCGUUUCUUUUUUCACGUGGCUAUUCCCUGUCGACAGCGGAGUUCAGUGGGAUUCUCGAGGCGCCGGCUGCAUUCUUAUUUUCCCUGAACCAAAAAUUAUCGUUUGAAUCCGUCAGCGUUCGUUCGAUCAGUACACCCUCCAUGCCCGAUCUUCGAUAAUGUAUCACUACUCCAGUCCACCGCCCGGGUGGUCUGCCGCCUACGACUACCUCCAUUCUCCCUCUGCCCCGCACUAUACCUAUUACAAUGCUCCCUACUCGUCACCGCACGCCUCCCCUCGCUCCGCCAAACGACACGCCUAUCGAGCCAGCUAUUCUGGGACCAAAGACGGUGGGCCGUACUACUCAACUUCUGGCGGACAGUACCCGUGGCACGGUUACUAUGAGAGCGUGCCUGAAUACGCCGCCACCCCGCGCAAGCAGCCCGAGCAUGUUCCCCCCUCUGUAUACGAAGAGGCAGAUUCUCCAAAACGCUCCCGUGCCCGUCGCGCUUCCGCUUCGGCCCGCACGCCGCAGAAGCCACCAAAGCCAACCACCACAACAAACCUCAAGACGCCGCCAAAAGCUACGGAGGAAGAUGCAAUCCGCGCCGGAAUACCCGCCGGCUUCUCGAUCAAGAACUGGGACCCCACCGAAGCCCCCAUUCUCCUCCUCGGUAGCGUUUUCGACGCGAACUCGCUCGGGAAGUGGAUCUACGACUGGACCAUUUUCCACUACGGUGCGACGGCCCCAAUGUCGGAUGUCGCCGGCGAUCUGUGGUUGCUGCUUAUCAAACUCGCGGGCAAAGUGAAGAGAGCGGAUGAAUGCGCCCCGUUGAUUCGUUGCAGAGAGACGAGGGAGAUGGUCGAGGACUUCUUGGAGAGCGGGGAGCGGUUGUGGUGUCGCUUCAAGAAGCUGCUCAAGGCAUGCGAAUACUUCAUGUGGAAAGCCGCCAAGCGAGAAAGCGGAAAGAAUUCUGUCACCAUGGGUCGAAACGCCGGAUGCGAAUUCGUCGACUCUAUCUUCGGCCGGGAUCGGGAACUAGAAAAUACGGAGAAGUUGAUGAACAGUAUCCGGUUGUGGAAUAUGCGGUUUGACGCAAACUGUGAAGAGAUUCUCCGACGGCCCACGGAGGUAUGAAAUUAACUUGCUCCUCCUUGUUCUAAUUAAAAAAGAAAAGGGGAAAAAAGAUUCUAGAAAGAGACGGAUCCAGCAACAUGAUCCUAAUCGCACAACAUUUCCCCCUUGUCCGUUCGAGGUGACAAGCAAAUUCGGCAUAUUUUUUUUGUCCUAAUUAUUGCCACAAAUUACGGUGGGAAGUAACAUCCGGAGCAUUUAUUCUAUUUUUAUAUUCGAACGCAACCAGGCGCUCUGCUUUUUCGACUUCGUUCCGAGAUUUACAUAUAAACUAUUCGCCGUCGCCGGCAACCCAUAUUCUAUCCACUCCACGUUUACCGUAUACCCCGUCUUGACUCAACGUUGGGACUCGUCCAAAGGCCUUGUGUUAUUCUCUCGGCGCUCAGGAAAUGCAUUUGGGGGUCUUCUCGUCUGCAUUGAAUCGUACCCAGUUCGAAAGUAUUGUCUAACUGCUACCUCAUUCCUCGGCGCGAUGCAUUCUUAUUAUUCGGCCAUUGAGUUUGUUUCGUCCGUUGUGUCUGAGAGAUUUUUCUUUUUUUUUUUUGUUUUUUUGUUGCUCAUACCCAAGAGGUGGUCUCUAGUUUUUCCAAUUUGUCUCUACUCUACUGUUUCCUUUGUUAUUCCCUUUGUUCGGUUUUCCUAUUUAUUUAAUUUUUUCUUUUUUUUCGCUUUUAAUUUAAUGAUACCACUUUGUUUUUUGUGCGUUUCUUUUGUGUUUCUGUCUCUGAUCUACUUUACACUCCUUGACUUCAUGACGCUCCCUACCUAUACCAGUUACUCAAUGUAUAUAAGCGUACACUCACGCAAUACUAUUUAAAAUCUAUUUCUUUCA